AUGUUUAGCGAAGAAGAGCUACACGAUAUGAGCGUGUUGCAGAGAGGAGAUGACUAUGUGGAGGUUGUGUGUGGAUGCACCAGUCGUAGACAUGGCGAUGCUGGUGCUAGACUUAGGAUUUUCAAGUCCGGUGAACUCAAAAUUGCUUGCGAAUGUUACCAUGGCUGCCCCGAAGAUAAUCUUAGUCCAUUUGCAUUUGAGAAACAUGCUGGAAAAGAGAAUAACAGAUGGAAACAUAAUAUUUGGGUCUUUAUUGAUGGUUAUAAAGUUCCAUUGAUAAAGACUACACUACUGAAAUUCUACAACAUGUCUCCAAAGAAUGCCAAGAGGCCACAUAAACUUGUUCUUCAUCGUGAUGAAUUUAUCAAAUGUACUAAGUGCAGUAAAAGACGUAGGUUUUAUCGCCGCUCUAAGAAUGAAUGCAGGAGCUACCAUGAUGCAUUGGCCAAUGCUAAUUUUCAGUGCUCAGAUAUUCCUUUCGACAAAUUUUCAUGUGAUGAUGCUGAAGAGCGAGCUAGUCGAAGGGCGUGCAAGGGAUGUUUGCGUUCACCAACAUGUGGAGGUUGCACUUCAUGUGUGUGCUUUGGAUGUGAAGUGUGUUGCUUCUCAGAUUGCGAUUGCCAGACUUGCAUUGACUUCAGAGAGAAUACAAAUGCUUGAAGAGUAUUUUGUGUCAUUUGAAUGGACAUGUUCUUCCAACAUUUAGUUUCAUUUGAACCCUUGUACUUGUUUACAAUAUGUUUUUGUUCACAUUCCUUUUUAGACAUUUUACUCAAAAUUUGCAAUUCACAUUUCAUAGUUUAAGGCCUUCUUUUGGCUUUAACAGUAUAAACAAUAUUUUCAGUGGAGAUGAAUAUCCUAAGGGUUUGUUUGA